AUGAAUAUUCAUCGAUGCCGUUUUGUUGAUUAUAAUUCUUCUUCAAUAACAUCCAUUUGUUUUUCUCAUGAUUCAUCUACUUUAAAUUCAACACCUAAAUCUCUUCGUUGUGCAGUUGGACGUGCAAAUGGUGAUCUUGAAAUAUGGAAUCCUCAGAAACAUUGGACUCAUGAGAUAACACUUCGCGGUGGAAUAAAUAGGUCUAUUGAAGGAAUUUCAUGGGUUACUACUCGAGAAUUUUCAAGACUUUUUAGUAUUGGAUAUUCAACUGUUAUUACAGAAUGGGAUUUAAAGAAAUUAGUUCCUUUAAAACAUUUAAAUAUAAAUUCUGGGCCUAUAUGGAGUAUGUCUGCCUCUCCGUCUAAAGAUAAACUUGUAGUCGGUUGUGAUAAUGGCAACUUAGUAAUCGUUAAUAUAUCUUCUGCAAAAGGAAUUAUGGAGUAUUCAUAUAUUUUAACUAAUCAAAGCUGCAAAAUUUUUUCACUUUCUUGGAAUAAUCUACAUCAUAUUAUAGCAGGUUGUUCUGAUAGCUCUAUUCGAGUUUGGAAUUCUUGUGAUACCCAUUGCAAUAUUAUUGCCCAAAUGAGUGUUGAUAAAGUAGGAAAUGAAGAUACCCUAGUAUGGGCAAUAAAAAUUUUGGAAAGUGGGAUCAUUGUUAGUGGCGAUUCUACAGGGUCUGUCAAAUUUUGGGAUCAAAAGUAUUAUUCAUUACUUCAGUCAUUUAAAAGUCAUACUGCAGAUAUUUUAUGUUUGGCUUCUAAUAAAGCAGGGAACAUUUUAUUCUCUGCUGGAGUAGAUUGUAAAACAAUUAUGUAUCGUAUUAUAAACAAGGAAAAUCAACAAUGGGCAGAUGUUGCUGGUAGGAGAUUCCAUAGACACGAUGUUCGUGCUAUGGCUUUCUAUGAAUCUAAGGAUAUCGAUAUUCUUGUAACAGGAGGUGUUGAUAUGACAUUGGCAAUUGUACCUGUUAUGAAAUUUAUGAAGCAAGUUCAUAGAAUUAUACAGCCUGUUCCUCAAAGACCAGUCAUAAGUUUUUCUGAUUCUCGAAUAAUGAUAAAUUGGUCUGAUCAUCAAGUGAAAUUAUGGAAAAUUAAUGAAAUAUUUUUAAAUUCAAGCGACAAGACUGCUCUCACUUUCAAUCCUAAAAACAAAUAUUUGCUGCUUAAAAUGAGAAUAAAUACAGAAGAAAAUAUUAAUGUUGCUGCUAUAUCUAAGGAUGGAAAUUAUAUUGCUAUAGCAACAUUAUCUAAAACGAAAUUAUUUAAAUUAAGAUAUGGUUCUAAUUUCUCACAUAUAAAAGUUAAAAAACUUAAAAUUCAUUCUUUGGAAUCUAUUGGUGCAACUGUUUUAUUGUUUGAUCAAAGAUCAAAUCUUGUCAUUGCAGAUUUAAAUAAAGUUUAUUUUUUUAAUUUAUGCUCAUUGGAAUUUAUAGCUACUAUUACGAAACCAGAAAAUGAUAAAAGAAUAAGUACUAUUGAAUAUUCGAAUAUCAUUAAGUUUAUAGCGCUCUCUAAUGAUUCUAAAUAUCUAGCUAUCUAUAGUUUUUCCCAGGAUAUAUAUAUAUAUAAUCUUGAAAAAUUCAUCAUGGUUUCACAACUUCCACGGCUUUCUUCGCCAGCAGCUGCUAUUUCCUUUUCUUCAUUUACUUCAUCUCUUAUAGUUAUAACAGUUGAUAAUUUUAUUUUUGACUUUGAUAUUAAAAGUGGAAAAUUGGGUGAUUGGUCAAAAAAAAAUUCUGCAAAUCUACCUAUUGAAUUUUUAAGGUUAAAGGAUAACUGUAUUGGUAUCUCUUUUGAUUAUUAUAUUGAGUCUAGGAUGUGGUUAUGGGGUUCAAGUUGGGUAGGAUUUCUUGAUUUAAGUUUUGAAAUGCCCAAAAGAAAGGUAAAUAAGCGUAGGUUAAAAGAUAAUCGAAAUUUAGUUAAUUUUAUCUAUGAAUCAUUAAAUGAAAAUCAUAUUAUAGAAAAUUUGGGAUUUCAAGAUGAAAAAGAACAUUCUAUAAAUUCUAAUGAUGUUACUUUAGAAACUUCUAAAGAGUCUAUGGAUAUUAAAAAUAGGGGAAAAAGGAAACACUUUUGGAUUACAUAUAAAUAUCGACCAUUAUUAUUAAUGGGUUGUUUAAACGAAAAUGAAAUAUUAAUUGUAGAAAGACCUCUCGUUGAUAUGCUUAUUGAUAAGGGAGUGCCUCCUCCAUAUUAUAAACAUUUGUAUGGAACAUAAUGAUAUUAUAAAAAUCUAUAUUAUAUUA